AUAUGCCAUACCUCUUUUCACAUCAUUCCCAUGCAACAUAAUAUGCAACAUGCCAUGGUUAAUUUUUCGGCAUAUUUUCCAUUCUCCAGCCAAGAGUGAAUAAUUCCUCAGUUGAACUUAUAUUGUGGAUGUACAGUUUACUGUCUCUAGAUUGAUACUCUCUCUCUCUCUCUCUCUUGCUCGCUCACUCGCUCGUUUCCACCCUCUCCUCGGACUCCUCGUCUUCUCAGGCGACCAUAUUGUUCUCGUUGGCAGUUCUGGAGAAUUGAAGGGAACUGAUCUUGAUCUGCUAUCAAGAUGGUGAAUACUCUCUAGCUGAACCAAUCUCUUGCAUCCUAAUGAUCAUGAGAGGAGUAAGAUGAACCCAAUUCCAAGAGAAGGAGGAGGAUUUCAAUCAGCGAAGCACGAGGAAGAAAAGAACGAGACCGGCGGGAGUUUGUCCCGCUUGGCGCCGCCAUCGACUUCCAGGCAAUGGUCAGGCUUCCGAAACCCAAGGAUCGUGCGUGUCUCGCGCUCUUUCGGAGGCAAGGAUAGGCACAGCAAGGUCUGCACUAUUAGGGGUCUGAGGGAUAGGAGGAUUAGGCUCUCCGUGCCCACAGCAGUUCAAUUGUAUGAUCUUCAAGACAAGCUAGGGCUCAGCCAACCCAGCAAAGUCAUCGACUGGUUGCUAGAUGCCUCUAAACAAGACAUCGACAGGUUGCCACCGCUCCAAAUGCCUCCGAACUUUGGCCAAUUCCACCAGCAAAUCCUAUUCCCGCAAGAGCCGUCGAGCGCCAACCCGCAACCUUCCUUGAUCUCUCCCUUUCUCCCCACAAGCUCAACAACAUUCUUGAAGCACGGGAUUAAGAUUGCCGAGGGUAGUGUCGAUCACGGGGUUCAUGACAGCGAAUCUUCGGCGAUGGCAAGGUCAAAGUUUUGGAACAUCGAUACGUAUAACACACUGAGAGCAAAGAACAAGGAGGUCGAAAUAGAUGAUCAUAAUGAUCAGCCUCUUUCUGAGAAGGGCAAGUGGAUUGAGACCGAUCAAGUGCAUGACCAUUUGGGAUCAUCAGUGAACUCUCACCAUGCACAGGUAUCAGCUCAGAACUUCUUCCCAAUCGUUAGUUAUUCCUUGAGCGGCUUGCCGAACAGCGCCUUGCCGUACUCCUACAAUAAUCAAUGGGACCCUUCGAGUUUGUCAUUGUCUCAGCUUGGGACUCACAGCUUUCAAUUGCUGCCAGAUCAAAAUCCCCUAAAUCCCUCGUCGAUCGCUUCCUCUUCGGCUCUUCCGUCCUCUGCUCCCCAGUUAUACUUCUGCCCGACCGCGGCGAUGACCCCGAUCUUUCCUUCCUACCCUUCGUAUCUUACCCCUUCCAUCGACACAGAUCCGAGGCAACUGAACCACCUUCAUCUACUGAGCUCCAGUUCGCAACAGCACAUCUUGCCUACUUCCCUCGUGCCAUCCCUUCAAUUAAUGGGCUCGCCAAUGAGAUUGCCGUUCCAAACCAGCACCAGCACCAAAUUUCUUCAACGGCAAGACGACGGCGAGAGCGAAGAAGACGAGGACAGGAGCGGUUCUUGAAUCUCCAAACAUGAGGAACACCCUCUCCCAUGAAGAUCAUUCGAGACGAUGAUAUCCCCAAAAUCUUUUCAAAAGAGGGUUUAUAAUUCAAUAAUCUUUGUGAGAGAUUGCUGCUUUAGGAUAUGGUCAUGAACAAGAAGUUAAGUAUGGACGAAAAAAAGCAGCAACAUCGUCAAGGUGGCGACAUGUUUCUCCUGCAUAUUUAUCUCCAACACACACUUCAUAAGUGCCUCAGUUUGGUCAGACAAGAUUUAUAAAGCUCCAUGGAGUAUUUUGCCUGGCUCAUCAUCAUCAUCAUCAACUUCUGCAACAGAGUAAGAUGCUUCUAUUUAAGGCUUUCUUCUGUUCCUGCAGCUUUUUAGGGUAGCAUCUCAGUCAUAUAUCAUGGCCAAAUUAUUUGAAGAAAAUGCAACAAUGACUCUCGUACAAAAACAUAGUAUUUUCCUUUCCUUUCCUUUCCUUUUUCCUUUUUUGGCCUUGUAUUCGAAUGCUUAUCUUGCAUACGAUACCUUAUACGCGGGAUGUUAUAGCCGAAAACUCGAUAUGUUUAGUCAGUGCACAUUUAUUCGACAUGUGCCGUGUGUAUCAUAG